AUGAUUAUUACUGGGGAUGAUGUUGUUGGGAUUACGAAUUUGAAACUUCAAUUGGCUAAACAAUUUGAGAUUAAAUAUUUGGGUACUCUUCAUUACUUUCUAGGAAUUGAGGUUGACUAUUCCCCUCGAGGUUAUCUGCUCUCUCAAUCUAAGUAUAUUGCCACUAUUCUUGCACAAGCGCAUCUCUCUAAUACUCGAACAGUUGGCACUCCUCUUGAACUGAAUACUCGAUGUAACUCAUAUGAUGGUGUCCCUUUGGAAGAUCAUACUCUGUAUCACACUCUUGUUGGCAGCUGGGUGUAUCUUACCAUUACUAGACCCGACAUUGCCUAUGCAGUGCAUGUUGGCACUCAGUUUCAAAGGCUCUUAUUGGAGUUGCGUGCUUACUUUGAUGCUGAUUGGGCUGAUUCUUCCUUUGAUAGAAAAUUUACAGUUUGUUUUUGCAUUUUCCUUGGAGAUUCUCUUAUUUCUUGGAAAAUUAAGAUGCAAGCUGUUGUCUCUCGAUCUUCUACCGAAGCUGAAUAUCGUGUCAUGGCAUCCACUACUGCAGAAAUUGUUUGGUUGCGUUGGCUACUUGAAUUCAUGGGUGUCUCCCUUUCUGCACCUACUCCUAUGUAUUGUGAUAAUAUGAGUGUCAUCCAAAUCACUCGCAACUCAGUCUUUCAUGGGACUACCACCUUGCCCUUUGUGUCCUCCUCCAUGCAGCUUGCUGACUUGUUUACUAAGUCUCAUUCUGCUAGGCGUUUUUGUUUCUUGAUUGGCAAACUCUCGAAGCUUCUUGUUCCUGUUGAUGCAUUGUGA